AUGGCCGGCCUUAUCAGCAUCAGCUCCUCCGCGGAGUGGGCGAACAUUCUCAAAACCCAUAAUAUCGUCAUCGCCGACUUCUACGCCGACUGGUGCGGUCCCUGCAAGAUGAUCGCCCCGCAUUUCGAGCGCCUCGCGAAAGAGUACGCCGUCCCGAAGAAGGUAGCCUUUGCAAGAUCAACGUCGACAACCACUCGGGCAUCUCCAAGUCGUGCGGCGUCAGCGCCAUGCCCACCUUUGUCAUCUUCCACGGCGGCAAGGCCAUCAACACCAUCCGCGGCGCCAACCCCCGCGCUCACCUCUGCCAUCACCGACGCGCUUAAGCUCAAGGACAAGGGCGGAUCCGGCGAGAUGUUCAAGUCUCCCGGUCGGUCCCUCGGCGGCGGUGCCGCGCAGCCUGCGGCGUUCGACUUGAGCUCCAUCUUUAGCUCCAUUGUUCUUUUCGCGGGGCUCUAUUUUGCCUCUCUACUAUCGGCACGUGUCAUUGCUUGGUUCCGCGGAAAUUACUAG